AUGCCAAAAUCAAAACUCAAAAAUGCUGCAAAAAAAUGUAUACUUACACAAAGUAGAAAUAAUGAUGGAAGAUUUUUAGCUGCAGAUUCAGAAUAUAACAAUCUAGAAUAUAGUGAUCCAAAACUUUUAGUUUAUAAAUCUGAGAGUAGUAAUGAGGAGGAAUUUAAUAAUAGGGAGACGGAACUUAGUGAAGAAGAAGCUGAAUGGUUACAAUGCAAGAAUAAAGGAUUACAGGAGGCGGCACAAGGAUCAAUGAGUUUGGACAAUUUUUUUAAACCUGAAAAAAAAUUAGAAGUUAAAUAUGAAAUGUCAGACUUAGAUAUAAGCGAUUCAGAUAUAGAAAAUAACAGUUCUAUUUCAGAAAAAAUAAAUAAAUUAAGUAAUAAUCUCAAAGACAUGAAAAAUAUGAACGCUUAUGAAUAUCUCCAUCUUCUUGCCAUGCAUAAAUACCUUGCUGCAAUCUUCAAUCAUGAAGAGUUAUAUUCCCGUGUAAAACUAAGUUUUGAAAUAUCACAACAAGUUUUUCAACGUGGACAACAAAAAUACAUACCAACUCUUAUUGAUGAUAAGAAUGUACAAAGUUCUUGCUUGCGUUUUAUCUAUACUAUGGGUGAAAAAAUAAUCGCUGAAAAAUUUCAGAAUUAUGUUCAGAACAAUGUUUUACCACAUAUUACCA